AUGGCAAAAACGAGCCCUGUAGUUCCUCCUAUUAAGCUCUCAGAACCCACAGAGUCGGGUAAUGACACGACGGAAACAUCUGGUAGAUUAAAACACCUUUUUCGAGACCAACCAUUAAUUCCCAUCGGUUGUGCUGCUACAGUCGGCGCUUUUCUGUUCGCGACUCGAGCAAUUAGACGGGGAGACAGCAUGAGAGCCAAUCGCUUUUUCCGUUACAGAGUUCUUGCGCAAGCGGCAACUGUUUUGGCAAUUGUCGGAGGAGUUUUUAUGGAACGCAAAAUGAAACAGGAAAAGAGAAUGGAACAAAUAACUCCAAAAUGA